AUGUGUGGACAUCACAUUUUUGGUUGUCAAGACUACAAUGUUAAAUUUUGGACUACAAGGGCCUGGCGUCCACUUAUGAGGACGUUAAGCUUCCACCUAGUGGUGGAAGAAGAGUGUAACAAAGCACAUGUCAAAUUCAAGAUGGCUGACAACCCACCCAAACAUUCUGAUGGCUCCUCCCAAUCCAAAAGUCGACCAGAGCGUUAUUCUCUGCAACAAGUAAUGAAAAUGCUGGGGUUAAUUGGUGGAGAAAACUCUGAGGUGGAGGAUUUAUCAGAUAUCGAUGAUCCUGUGGGAGAUGCUGAAUAUCAACCUCCUCCCACCAGCAGUGAAGAAGACAGUAGUGGGUGUGAGGACCCCGUGCCACAGCCCUGUCAGCCUAUCAGGGGACGCAAACGUUUGCGCGAGGAAUACGAGGGAUAUCGGUCAGAUCGUGACAUUGCCACAUCACGCACCCCCAGGCGUCGCUCUCAGACACCGCAGGAAGAGGCUGAUGUCUCAGGCAAUGUCUCUGAAGAUACAACACCAGGACCCAGCCAUGAAGAACAGAACAACAAAGGGCGUGGAAUGCGAUGGAAGGCUUCUUCGCUUACCCCACAUCAACCUCCGUUUGACCACGAGGAGGAAACUGUUCAUGACAGAGAAGGCUGGACCCCCCUGGACUACAUACAACAGUAUAUUGACACAGAUUUGAUAAAAAUCAUUGCAGAUUGCUCAAAUGCUACAUCACUGUCUAGAAGUGGAGAUCCACUCAACACAACAGCUGAUGAAAUUUUUCAUUUUUUUGGUGCCUGUAUUUUGAUGUCUUGUGUACCAUAUCCUGCAAUCAAGAUGUAUUGGUCUAAAUCCUUGAGAUUCCCUGCCAUCACUGAAAAGUUCACACGUGAUAGAUUUUUCCGACUGAGGAGGUCACUCAAAGUGCUCAUUGAUGAGGAUGUUCCAGAAGAUCUGAAAGAGUGUGACAAGUUCUGGAAGGUGAGGCCUUUUCUCAACCGCAUUCUGAAAGGCUGCAAAUCUCAGGCUCGGCCACAGUGCGUUUCCAUUGAUGAACAGAUGAUUCCAUUCACAGGAGCUUGUCCAUGUCGACAAUAUCUGCCGAUGAAACCAAACCCAGUUGGCAUCAAAAACUUUGUUUGCGCAACAUCAGAUGGUAUAGUACUGGACUUUGAGAUUUAUCAAGGUGCAGAUGGACUCCGUGAACAAGUUGAAGAACCAGGGAAUCUGGGUUUGGGAGGCUUGGUGAUCGAUCGUCUGUCUCAGACUCUGCAUCCUAAUACAAAUGUGUACUGCGAUCGAUUCUUCACAUCAAUCCAGGCAGUGGAACACAUGAUGAAGAAGCAUCUGUAUAUAACUGGUACAGUUAUGAGGAAUCGAGUUGCUGCUGCAGCGCAGAAAUUGCCAAGUGACAAGACCAUGAAAAAAAAUGGAAGAGGAACCUCAGCACAAGUUACCAAUCUGGAUGGAAACAUUUAUGUCACCAAGUGGUUUGACAAUAAACCAGUGUUGAUGAUGUCUACUGUACAUGCGAGAGAGCCAGAAGACACGUGCCAGCGAUGGGACAAGAAACUGAAACGGCAUGUGACCAUCUCUCGACCAUUUGUUAUCCGUGAAUACAACUCCAAGAUGGGUGGAGUUGACCUUGUGGAUAGAAUGAUGAGCUACUAUCGAAUGAGUGUCCGUACAAAAAAAUGGACAUUGCGGAUGCUGAUGCACUUUACCGAUCUGGCUUUAGCCAACAGCUGGCUACUGUACCGCAAAGACCUCACUCUGAAUGACACACCAAAGAAAAACAUCAUGCAGUUCCUUCAAUUCCGCAUGGAAGUGGCCAUGACCUUCUUGGCUCAGAGAGACAAUGACAACUCUGACUUUCCAGAGCAGGAAGAUGACACAGAAGUUUCAGUCCAAGGGAAAUUGCGUCCAGUGCAGGAAGUGCCCCACAUCUCAUUCCGCAGAAAGGCUAAUGCACAUCUGCCAGAAGUGGUACACUCAAAGAACGCAUCACGAUGCAGAGCAAAAGGAUGCUCAGGGAAAACUCGAGUGCACUGUGUUACAUGCAAGGUGUUCCUCUGCUUACAGGCAGAUCGCAACUGUUACGCUGCCUUUCAUACAUAGGCAUGAACAUUUUCCCAAGGCAAAAAAAUGUUGGAGCACAUUUGGUGUGCAAGUUUCAUGUUUUAUGCCAUGUUCAGAAAUUGAAAUGAACAGUUCAACAGUAGCAAUGAAAAACAUUUUUGAAGUGUACUUGUUUUUCUUUUUUGUCCUCCUGCAACUGUUAGCAGCACUUCAUAUGACUUGCGUAAAGGGGCACAAGUUGUUGCUUUGAAUUUUGUUUUUGCACUCGGAAAAACUGCUGCCAUGUUCAGGCAACAAAUAAAGUUUUGUACAUCAUUACUCAAUUGUGACGUUAUUGUGUUCACUCAAAUUUAAAACGAAUGUCCUCAUAUGUGGACAUCAUUUUUCUCAGAAACCACAUCAUGUAAAAAGAUAAUUCUUUGUUUUUACACUCAUCAGGUCCCAAUUAGCCUAAAUAUCAAAGAGAAAAUAAAAAUGUAUGCCUUGCAAGAGUCCGGGUCUUAGGAGGUUAAAAGUUCAUUUGGUUGUUAAAAAGGCCAUCAACAUGAGAACAAGUAGGGGUGUUGAGAGAAAUGGGGGAGGAAAUGUUUUGUAUUCAUAAAUGUGUCCUCAGUUGAUGUUGAAAUAAUGUUCCUAUUGCUUGUUAUUAUUGAUAUAUUAUCUUUUCGCCACAAGAUUUUGCAGGAUGGGACUUAAUUGUCUAAAGUGCUACAUUUAUUACUUCUUUGUGUUUGACUUUGAUGACUUUGAUUUGUGGGAUUGCCUGUGAAGACAGCAAUGAGAGAGGAUGUAUCCGCAUGUCAAUGGAAAUUAUAUACGCCGAGUUUUGGCUAAAAGACAACUCAAUUCUCCGUCAAUUCUUCCUACGAAUGCAACGUUGAGCUGCAACCACCUCAACAAAAUCUAUUAAAACUUAUUUAGUUGCCAACAAAUUUGCCAGCAGCUAUGAGCAGCCCCGUUUGGGUCCUUGUUUGUGUUUAAUGUGAGGCCACGUGCGCACACGAGCCAGCGAUUAGAGCAAGAGAAAGAGAGAGAGUUCACAGCUACACUCAGGUUGGGUUGCUGAACCAAUAAUAUUACAAAGUGUUGAGAGUUAGAUUUUCUUUUGUGCGGCUAGAACCAUUGUGCCUCUGUCUGAGAUGAGUAAAUGAAGCCAAUUGUAUUGUUUGUAUUCUUUUUUGAUGAGACGUUACUCUUUUGCACGGACCCCUAAGCUAGUUAGCAAUUAUGCAAAUCAGUGUCCUAAAGCAACACUUGGUAACUCUUCAGUUUGGGUUGAUUUUAGCGAUGCCAGUGGACAAAAGCGGUAGUGUUUUGCCUUAAGGAAGACUUGAGUUUCCCAUGAGGACCAACGCACACCCUCACAGUGCCGUAAAAUCAUCAAUCAAUCAAUCAAUCAAUCAAUCAAUCAAUCAAUCAAUCAAUCUGCCGGUCGCCUGCAGAUGGAUUAAACAACAUUUCUCUUUCUAUUGGCUGUGUAAGGGAUGAAUAGUAAGAAGGUAAAGAAUCCAGUUGUGUCUAAACAAUAGCAUAUGACAGUUAGCAACCGUGUGGCUUAGUGUGGCUAACUCCCCCACCCCACCAUUCUGUAUAUCCUGAUAGCUUCCCUUUUUUCCUCCUCAAACAAAACUCCUUGUCUCUUUUGUUGCUCUGCCAUUUUUGCAGGAUUUGCGCGAAAGCGUUCUCAUCGACAUCCGUCUUCAUAAUGAAGGGGGAAAGGAGAAAGUGGUGUAUGCUGUAACGCAGUCAGCACAUUUGUAGUUUUUUUUUUUUUUUUGUGUGUGUGGCAUAGUUCCUGCCAUCCUCCUCAAAGUGGAUUAGUGUCAGUGAAAGCGAUUAAAGACCCCUUCAAGAUAUAAAAGAGGUGUCACUUAACUAGUUGUCAGUCGACAUAUUAUCACAAAUCUUAUGAAAAUAUUUUAUAAAUGUUGAAAAGUUACCUAGUGUUGCUUUAAAUGUCCAUUUGUAAUUUGUUUUGGAGAAGCAUAUUAGCAUUUGAGUUAGAUGGAGUUUUAGAUAGUUAGAUUGAGUGUUAGAUAGUACAGUUGUCUCAUUUCUUUUUAUAAAGAAACCCCACACAUAAACCCAUUCAUAUCACAGCUUAGUCGUCUUUCACCAUAAGCUCCCUUUCAAUCUGUAAAUUGCUAUACAGGAGAGUGUGCUUUGAAAUUGGAUUUGGAUUGUAUUUAUGACCAACUGUUUAAGAAAACUGAUUCAUUACGGUCUGCCUCCUCUUUAUUCGAUUUUGUUUUUUAGUUUGUUCAAAGAAAAUAAAUGAGUCAUUUGUAUCAGCGCUUUGCCCACAUAGAAAAAAAUGUCAAGUGGCACUUUUUAUUAUUUGAAUGAACAGGACUUUUGUCUGAUUUGUAAACUAAGAAAUUCUUUUGAUGUUUUAUACUCAGAACCAUUCUUUAAAUAUUUAACAAGUUUUAUGUACUUAAAACAGUACAGUUGUAGACUACUAUUAAGUCAGGAAGCUGUAAUAAAAUGUUUUGAAGGAAACAGUCAUCCAUUGUCUACAACGUUACUUACAACAUGGCUAAAACAACCUCAAGUUAAAUUGAGAAGGUAAUUGAAAAAAGUGAUAUUUGUUCGAUUUAGCGUAUAAUUAAUUGUCCUAUUAAUCGAUUACCCUAGUAGGUACGUUAGACUGUUUGGAAUUAAAUAGUUGCAAGACUGAUUGAAAUG